AGAACUGAGAGAAGAAUUCAGAUUUUCCUUUCUGUGCCUGGUAUUCAGAUAACAUAUUUAAGUGAAACUUUUCACUUUACUGUGUUUUGCAAGAUGAAGAAAAACAAAUCUAAAUUAGAAAAAUUUCCACAACAUAGACUUGCUCCAGAGGAACCAUCUGGUUUCUGCCUGUUUUUCAAGCUUUAAAAAAAAAAAAAAAAAUCUGUGGUAUUCAGGGGACGUUUUCUUCUUUCCAUGAGUGGAGAGGAAGGGCAGAUGUUGCUUUUCCUCUUUUUGUUCUAAGCUAGAGAGACAUGAAUGCACAACUAAGACUCUGGCUCCCAAUUAUUCUAUGGCUUUGGCUUGGUCAAGUGCUGCAAGAUGUGGCAGCAGGCUCUGGUCCAAAUGUCGAUCUCUCCGAUGCAAACCUGAUGUUUGAGAUUUUACUGAGUGGGGUUGAGUUAAACAAGGAUAACAAUGUUUUCCUGCUGGACGAAGAGCUGGCAUCGAUGAGGAAAGGGCGGGAAUUCUUGUCUCAGAUCAAUGACGGCAUUCCGAGGACUCGGACCUCGACAGAGCUCAUGAUGAAGACGCGGGAGGCUCAUCGGAAGACUCCUCUGACUCGGGAUCAGUUUGAGAACCUGGUUCUGAGCAUGGUGUACUCUGCUCUGCAGGUUGGGGCCCAGAGGAACAAGGAGGAGCGAGAGGCUUGGGGUGGAGUGCUUAUCCAGCUGGCAAACAUCACCACCUACGACUUACGGGGAGGUUUUCUCUACAAUUAUGCUUAGAGAAAUCAUAAAGAUGGAAGCUUUGAUCUUAAAAUUAGACAGGAAAAGAUUUUUUUAAAGAAAUAUCCAGCAAUAUAAGAAUGAAGAUAUUUAUUAUUUUACAGUAGAAAAAGUGCAGGGAAAACGUAAAAAGCCCUGCAAAUACGAAUGGUUCAUAUAAAAUACGAAAUUUUUCACCAUGCAAACAAUCCCUGAUGGUAGAAACACAAAAACACUAACGGAAAAAUGUACAAAAAUAAACUUAAAUUUCUCAGCUCUC